CUUGGGUUUCUCAUUUAUCUUUAAUUAAUUUGUUCAUUUUUCACUUAUCUACAGAUAAUGGUAGCAUUCCUAAUUCAAAAAUUGCUUGUAGUAGUGGCAGAGCUGCUUGCUUAAAAUCUGGCUCUCAUAAACCUGGUUAAUAUAAAUGUUAAUAAUUUAUUUUAUUAGGUACAUGUUAAUUUAAAAUUAUAAUUUGCUUUAGGUCUCUUGCACAAAAUUGGUAUAAACCGAACCUCCAGACUUACACCAAAAUGUAAAUCUCUAUACACAGAUAGUUUGAAACUUCAAAAACUCCUACAUCGUGAACGUCGAAAAUGUAACACUUUUAAAGAACGUUUGAAAAGUGCUAACAAUUUUUUUAAUACACAUGAUUCAGACCAGAUGACUACUGCUGCAAAAAUUUUUACAAAAUUACAACUAAGAGAAACAAAGAACAAACCAAAGGGACGUCGUUUUACUUUAGACGAAAAAUUAUUAAGUUUGUCCUUAUAUAAGCAAAGUCCAAAAUCAUAUAGAUUGCUGUGCAAGAUGUUUGUUCUACCUUGUAAACGAACACUUUCUACAAUGAUGUCAUUAAUCCCAAUAAGUACUGGGAUUGAUCAGAGAAUGCUGAAUGUACUAAAAAUUAAUGUUCAAAAACUUAAACCUCAACACAGGUUUUGCUCAAUUGUUUUUGACGAAGUUAGUAUAAAUCCAAAUUUGAACUUUAAUAAUAGUGAAGGAAGAAUUUAUGGUUUUGAAGACAAUGGGUCAUCACAAACUCAAAAAUUUGCUGAUCAUGGCUUAGUGUUUAUGGUACGUGGAAUUGUCAAAAACUUCAAACAACCUAUUUGUUAUUCAUUUUGUAAAAGUACAACAAAUAGAUAUGAUUUAGCUAAUCAAAUUCGAGAGGUAGUUCGAGCAGUACACUCAACUGGAUUGAAUAUAAUAUCAAGCAUUUGUGAUCAAGGAGCGACCAAUACAGCAGCUAUUAAUAUUCUUAUGAACGACACCAAAGCACGUUAUUUAAGAAAGAAUGAAUCAUUCUAUGGUGAUUUCUAUGAAAUAGAAUGUGAAUCUGAUAGCCAUAACAAUGUAGUUAAAAUUUUUCAUUUGUAUGAUACACCACACCUCUUGAAAGGAAUCCGUAACAAUUUGUUGACAAAAAAUGUAAUAUUUAAUGUUGACGGUGAAAAAUUAGCUCAAUGGAGUGAUUUAUUGAAGUUAUAUGAAUUGGACAGCAACAUAGAAGAUGUUAAAAUGUUGCCUAGGUUGACUAGACAACAUGUCAUACCUGCAGAAAUUCCGAAAAUGAAAGUUAGAAAUGCUGCUCAAGUGUUUAGCCAACGAGUUUCAUCCAUUAUGGCAUUCUUAGCAACUCAACAUAUUCUUGGAGAUACAGCUGGAGACACUGCAAAAUUUUGUUUAUUUUUUGAUAAAUUAUUCGACUCGGUUAAUGGAAACUUUGAUAAAGUAGUUGAUGGAAAGAUUUAUAGAACAGGAGUAAAAAAAAAUUCUCCUCAUCACAAAUUGUGGGAAGAGUCUUUGAAAGUUUUGAGUACCAUGAAUUUGUGA